AUGGUUGUAAGUCGUCGAAUUCAAAGAGUAAAAUAUUCAUCUCAAAAGUCACACCGACAUUAUGAUCAACAAAAAUAUUGGAAUAAUCGUUAUGCAGCUAAAUUUAAAGGAAGAACUAUCGAUGAAGAUGAUGAUCAUACAGAUGAAUGGUAUUUUUCAUAUUCAGAUAUUUCAGAUGUAUUAAAAUCAUAUAUAAAACAAAAUCAUCGUCAUUUACCUGUACUUGAUAUUGGUUGUGGUUUAUCAAAAAUAUGUGAUGAACUAUCGAAUGAUAAUUUUAUUGGUCCAUUUAUUGGUAUUGAUUAUUCUUCUAUUGUUAUCAAGCAAU